AUGCAAAAUAUUGAUCGUUCCUGUGCCUUUAGUCCCCGUGAUUUACUUCAAACCUAAUACAUAAACCACCAAUUAUCACCAAGUUUGACAGUUGACAUUUACAAUAUAUAAAAAAAAGGUAGCAAAAGAGCAUGUGCACACUUUUCUUCGAAAUCCAGAUGAUCUCAUCGCCGAGCAUUAAAAAUUCGUGUUCCCACUCCUAAAACGUUACAUUUUUAUCAAUUAUUGUCCAGUGCCGGAGUAAAUAGUGGACGAGGUGUUUGUAUUAGAAGCUCACUUGGGGCGUUCCUUCGCCAUCAUGUCGACAGCCCUGCUAGCCGCAAUCGCUGUUAUCCUGUGCAUCCUGUUCAGGAUACUCAACGUCAAUAGCCAGCCACAAAAACCAGUCAUAUGCUGCAGCGAUAAGAAAUUCUUGGACGUCAUCCUCAAAAUCUCACCCCUUAUACAAGAACCAUACAUUCCAACGCGACUGUGGGGCUUCAGCGGCCAUGUCCAGACCAUCCUUCACAGCGUCAUCGGCAGGGUAAAGUGCCCAUGGCCGAUAGGCGAACGAGUGUUUCUAUCACUCGACGAUGGGACCACAUUAACUUACGAUAUGUACCAACCUUUAGAUACAAAUUUCCAAGAUGACGUAUCGAUCGCUAUAUGUCCAGGCAUCGGAAAUACCUCCGAAAGUGUUUAUAUACGCACUUUUGUUCAUUGGGCCCAAUAUCACGGCUACAGAUGCGCCGUUUUGAACCACGUGGGGGCGCUACAGAGCGUACCGGUCACGGCCCCUCGCAUAUUUAGUUACGGUAAUACAAACGACUACCAUGAAAUGGUUUCAAGUCUGAUCAGCAGACACCCAAAUACCCGAAUUGUUUGUGUAGGCUUUAGUCUAGGUGGUAAUUUAGUAACCAAAUAUAUGGGGGAAGUGGAUAGGGAGAAGCCUCUGCACAUAAUUGGUGGAAUUUCCAUAUGUCAAGGCUACUGUGCCAUCGAGGGAACAAAAUGGUUACUCAACUGGCAAAAUUUCCGUCGCUUCUAUCUUUAUAUCAUGACUGAAAACAUGAAGAAUAUUAUUUUGAAGCAUCGCCAUGUUCUAUUGUCUGAAGAAGUGAAGAAUCGGUACAAGCUCAACGAACACGAGAUUAUUUCAGCUGCCACUCUUCCCGAAUUAGAUGAAGCCUACACUAGAAGAAUUCACGAAUUUAAUUCGAUCACGGAAUUAUAUUCGUGGAGUUCUAGCAUCAAUUAUAUCAAUAACAUAAACAAGCCAAUGAUUUUUAUUAACGCUAAAGACGAUCCGAUUGUACCAGAGCCGUUACUAGAGCCCAUCAAAUCAAUAGUUUCUGAGAAAAACAAUAUGUUGUAUUUGGAGUUAGCCCACGGCGGACAUUUGGGCUUCUACGAGGGUGGUUUGAUCUACCCCAACCCUGUCACCUGGUUGGACCGCACACUUGUCGCACUUGUUGGAAGUUUGGCGCUCAAUUAUAACGAUUCCAUUAUGAAGACGGCCCAAAUUUAAGCACCAAAUGUGAUUCUUUUAUCGCCCACCAAAUUAUUGCAUUUAUGUGUGUGUUUAUUACAAGCGUGACCAACACGUGUGAAAAUGAAUACACAGCGAAUUUAUUUAUUGUAUUUAUUGUUAGAUGAACGUGUCUUAAAUACAGUGUUGAAGCGAUGGCUUGAA